GGAGCCCCUUGAUUAGGUGAUAAUUUUUGGUUUACUGAGGACAUUGUAAGUGUAUACCAAGCUGCUCAUGAUGUCGUCCAAGUGCCUCUUUCUGAAAGCAGAGUUUCUUCAGUUUUGCAACCUGCAGCUCAAUCCCAUAGUCAAGGAUAGCGACUGCUUUUCGUAGGCAAAAACACCCCAAACAUCGUAGCUAUUAAGCUUUGUUCCUGUUCCAACCUCUGGAAGCAAGAUGUUGCUGCGUCGGCACAGCGCCUUUGAAGGUUGAUUAGUGAGAGAGUAUUAGAUAGUUGCUGCUCUGUCGGUGUCGUUCGGUCCGACGAUUUUCACCGAUCGGAAGGUGUUGGUCAAGCUUCUACACGAAGUUGUUGUUCGGGGAAGCUAGUCUACCUUGCAGGUAAUUUGUAGACAGGAGAAUAAGUCUCUCAAUUGAAGAGCUAGGCGUUUCAAAGGAACUGAGAGAAGUGAAGUACAGGAGGGUUCAGAGUUUCAGUCACUUGGGGAGACAGCCUUGACGUUACUACUUGCAACAGAUGAAGGUGGUGGGGGCCUGUGCCCAUUAGUCACCAGCUUUGGCACAUGAGAAUCUAAGUGGCCAGUCUUGCUUGCACUAUCGACAAACCUCCUAUGUCUCUGUCCUUCAGAUUCUUCACGCAACUGUUGGCUUCUUUGUCUCAGAAUUUGUCGACGGACAAAUAUGCAAGGAUCGAUAGAUCAGUCUCCUCUUAAGCUCACUUUCACUGAGCACUCGGUUUUCUUGGAAGACCUUGUAGUUCGUCAGUUCGCCUUCCUGAAGCUUGUCAAGUGCAAAGGCGCAGGAAUGGACAGAGCCUCCAUACUCGGUGACGCAAUUGAGUACCUGAAGGAGCUCCUACAGCGCAUCAACGACAUUCACAACGAGCUGGAAGAAGCAAAGUUGGAGCAGUCGCGGUCCAUGCCGUCCAGCCCAACUCCGAGAUCCACUCAUCAAGGCUACCCUACCGCCGUUAAAGAGGAAUGCCCAGUGUUGCCGAAUCCUGAAUCCCAGCCUCCAAGGAUGGAAGUGAGGAAACGAGAAGGUCAAGCACUUAACAUCCAUAUGUUCUGCGCACGUCGGCGAGGAUUACUCCUUUCUACUGUGAGGGCACUUGACGCUUUGGACUUGGAUGUGCAACAGGCCGUCAUCAGCUGCUUCAAUGGCUUUGCUCUAGACCUCUUCCGCGCUGAGGCAAAAGAUGUAGGCGUAGGACCAGAAGAAAUAAAGGCAGUCCUGCUACUCACUGCAGGAUGCGGAAUGCAUUCUUUGCAGUGAAUUUCAUCCUGAACAUGGACACUACUCGAAUUAUCUUCUCCCCUGCGUGGUGAAAUGACCUAAUUAGUACCGUCAUUCACAACACAUGCAAUUAGCAAGGAUUUGAAGCGGACAUUGUACUAUGAGACUAUGACCCGUUUUUGCUGUUUCGUAUACGGUAGGGCCCGCAGAGCGCACUCCAGAGAGCCUGUGGGACCUGCACAAUAUGGCCAGUAGCAUUAACAAGCCUUGAAAGCGUCACGACAGCGAAAGUUUCGUGGAAAUCUCCAACACUUAUAUGAUGUGUUUCCUAAGUACUGCCCCACUCCACAUCUGCCCGACUUGUAAGUUGCGUGGCUGUAUAAAACGAGAUAUUCUGUUGAAAAGUUGGACAGAACUAAGCACUGGCGAGACCAAAAUGACAGGCCCAUCUAGUUUUCGGUCGCCGAACCUUGACAGCAGCGAUCAAGGCACCCUGUGACCCUGGAGUGCGGAUCAAAAUGGUGUCGCAAUGUCUCGAAUUUUGGAAUCGGAUCACGUCUAGAGUGAUUUUCGAAAGCUCCAUGGAGCAAUCGAGCAAUCGGAACCGUCGACAUGCAGCAGCAGUAGCAGCUUCGAUCCAUGAGCCUCGCUGAGUCUCUCGCCGCCUGGAGCUUGUUCUCGUCACUUCAACCGCGGUUGCGACGAGGAUGGUGAUGAGCUCUUGGUGUGGGGACCCAUGACCACUUGUCAACAGUCAUGUUGUAGUGAGUUAACUUGAUGGUGUUAUUUUUUACCCCAUGCACAAGGAAGGUUUAGUUUAGAUGAUGGAUUUUUAUUCUUAGAUGAACCAAAAAUUAAUUAAUUAAUUAAUGAAAGAAAGAAAGGAAAAACACACUUUUACAUGUAA